GGAAAAGCGCUUCAUACAAUGUGCGACCUUGAGGCAACUUGGCACAUUAGUAGGUUCUCUAUAAGACAGGCUCCUUGGAAGUGCUCAUAUAAAGUUUGUCAGAUUUGUAUGUCAUGUCAUCAUGCAUCGGAAUGGGAAUGAAUUGCUUAUAAACUUCAAGUUAUUACUAAUUGGAGAUAGUGGAGUUGGGAAAUCAAGCUUGUUAAUGCGUUAUACUAAUGAUUGUUUUGAAAGUCAGCUAUCUGCAACUAUCGGCGUUGAUUUCAAAGUCAAACUUGCUACGGUCCCUGAUGGAACAAAGAUUAAGCUCUCUAUAUGGGAUACUGCUGGUCAGGAGCGGUUUCGUACUUUGACACCCAACGUGUAUCGUGGUUCACACGCUGCUGUUUUUGUGUUUGACGUAUCGAAUCGUGAGAGCUUUGAUCAUCUGAGCAGUUGGAUGGAAGAGUUGAAAACUUAUUCAGACAAUCCAAACAUGAUUAAACUUCUUGUUGGAAAUAAAAUUGAUAAUAUCUCCCGAGAGAUUUCUCGUGAAGAGGGUCUUCGUUUUGCCCGUUUAUACAGUAUGCCGUACGCUGAAACAAGUGCGAAAACCAGUGAAGGUGUUAAUCAGCUAUUUUCUGAUGUUGUUACUAGAAUUUAUAAUCAUUCUGAAUUGUGGAAUCAAGGAAAAAAGCGUGCAAUUAAUAAUUCUUCAAGUCGUGCUCACUUAACUGAACUUGAAGAUAAACAGACCCGUAGUGGCUGUUGUUCAUAAUGUCCGUAGAUGUUUUGGUAUACAUUCCUUACACUUUGCGAAUUCAUGACUUCACUUCAUUAUUGAAAUCUCUUAUUUUAUCCAACUAAAUACUAUAUAUGGUAUACUAUAACGGUUUACUGUUAUUUUUUUUUAAUGUUUUCUGAUAGCAGUUUAUUACAAACUCUUUCUUUAAGUUUAUAGAGUAUCAUUCAGUAUAAGGCUGUGAUGUUAUUUGUUAGCCAAAAUUUUAUGAUGCUUUCAUAGUUUUGCGCUGCUUUCCUUCAUCUAUUUUGACUAGAUGAAUAUCUAAAAAAAUAGGUUGCUUUAUGUCCUUUUUUUCGUUGGCUGUUUCAUUGUUUCUUUUUCAAAAAAAGAUCAAAACAACUGAGACUAUUUUCUCUAUCCAUUUAGACAGUUAUUUUCUUUUCAAGAUUUUUCUUGUUUACUUUAUUGUAUCUUCAAAAAAUUUCAAUAUUUCCGUUACUUGCUUUGAAAUAGAUCACACUGUUUUAUAGAAUUUUUUUGGUCAAA